GUCUGGACUGCAGCAUGUCCCAGAGCACCCAGUGUGUUUCCUGUAGAAUCCCAGUUUUUGCUGAGAAAACAGCUGGCUUUUCUCACUUUCCUGUGACAUGGAGAAGUGGUUAUCACGCCUGUCAGAAUGUUUAUUCUCUUUGUUUCCCUUUUGUAGAGCCUUGGUUGCCUAGAGACGGAGACUUAUUCUGGUUCUUGCCAAAUCCUGAUAGUGGUUUUCACUGGAGACCAACCGGAUGCAUUAGACCUAAACUGCAAGACAAUGUUCUUUACAUAAUGUAUAGCCUACAUCCUUUUUAUUUCAGUUUUCAUAAGCUUGAAACUCUGCUAGCUGCAGGGCACGUGUAACCCGUGAGCCGAAUGGCGUCGUGUCUGUAGGCAUGCAUAAGGCGAUGUGAAGCCCUUCCUGUGGUUUUCAGUGGGUUUCCUGACUGUUUCUGCUGUGUAAUGUGGCACGCCUGGACAUGCUCUCUGGAGUCUACGAGGCUCCCAUGCGGUGGCUGCUGUCUCUACCAGCCGAAAAUCCUCUCGCUCUUGGCUGUCACGUCGGGACUUUCUUUGCAAUCCUCCGCGCUCGCUUGCUGUGAUCCUGACCGACUGAGGAGGCGGGCGUGUGCCAGCGGGCACCAUGGCGACCGUGGCCAGCGGCACAGGCACCUGUACGCGGCCCGACUGGGCGGACUUGGCCGACGUGCCCCGGCCGGCAGACGAGCACAGCGGCAUGCGGUUAGCCGGUUCUGCCCCAACUGCAGCAGACACCUCCUUCUCCAGGGCGGAGACCCACCCAGUGGCCGCACAGCCGAGGAGCGGCUGGGUGCAGUUUGACGAUAAGCCCUGGUCCCCCUCUCCCCCUUUUUCGCAGCCGAAAGGCAGCAGGCACAGUGUGUGCUCAACGGCCAGCUUCUGGAGAGCCGCCCCUGCGUCUGAGAGCACGCAGUCGGAGGGGAGGAGCUCCCUGAGCCAGGACGCCUCCUCCUGUGACCUGCCCUCGCUGAACACGGAGGAACCGCCCAGCCAGACCACGUCCCGACCACAGUCGCCUGAUUCAUCUGUUUGUGAAGAGGACGAAGGCGUGAACAUGGACACAGUCAGCUGGACAGCCGGCAACCCACACACAAACGGCCAAUCAUUUGCCAGCUCUAGCCGCUUUGCCAACUGGGUAACUUUUGAUGAUGACGAUGAGGUGCCAGGCUACCGGCAUGCUGCAAAACCAUCCAACAUCAGGGUCGACAACCUCAACAACUCCCCAUUACAAGAUGCAAACAGCAACCUCAUUGUGUCCUGCGUCCAGAGCCAGAGGACAGACGGACACAUCCUGGAUUUAACCGCAGAGGGAACGGACUCUGUGUUUGCCCUGCACAGUUCAGCACUGAACAGCGGCACUCCUUACACCAAGAAGAAUCCCUUCCUGGAUAAGGAGUUCUCCAACAUCCAGCCCUCCUCUAUUAACCCCUUUAGUGCCUACUUCAGUAAGGCGGAGCGGAAGUCAUCCGGAAGCAAAGACUCGGAGAGGGAGAGCUCCUCUUUCUUCUCCUUCAAUUCCCCCCUCCGUGAUUCCCAGCCUGCUGAUAUCAAACAGGAGUUCAUCCUGCCCUUCUCUCCUGCCAGUGACGGUCCCCCCUCAGGUUCCGCAGGCAUGGGCCUGGAUCAUCUCAGACAGCUGCGGAUCUCUGAUACAGACCAUGUGGGCGGCAGCGCUGCCUCGGCCGACGACUCGGCCGACGACUCGGCGGACGACUCGGCGGAAGGGGACGUGGUGGCGGACCCUCCCUACGAGCCUCCGCACGCGGCCUCGCAGGAUGGCUGGGCCUUGCUGCUGCGCAUCCCCGAGAAGAAGAACAUCAUGUCUUCGCGCCACUGGGGACCCAUCUUCGUCAGGCUGAGCGCUGGCGGCCAGCUGCAGCUGUUCUACGAGAGAGGCCUGGAGAAACCCUUCAAGGCGUUCCAGCUCAGCAGCCAGCUCGAGGUCUCCGAGCACAAGCUGCAGAGCUACGAGGAGAGCGGUCGCGUGCACACGCUGAGCUUGGAGCACGUGGCGUACCGGGAGAAGCGCAAGAUCCAGCCCAAGGUGACUGUGGUGCACAUGCCCGUGACAGAGCAGCUGGUGAAGCUCGGCACCGUCGACUACCAGGAGUUCCGGAGCUUCAGGUACGCGCUGCAGGAGAAGCUGGCAGCCCUGCCCGUCCACAUGGGCUCCCUGGGCGCACCUGUGCCCUACACUGAGGAGGAGAUUUACGUGGAGGUGAUCGACAGCUUCGACGGGGUCUUGGCUAAAGGAGGCAGUCGCAUUCUCGAGCAGCUGGUGACGACGCGAGUGAAAGUGCUCGCCUUCCUGACAGGUUCCCCGUCCUGCUGCAUCGGCCUCAAUGACGUCCAGGUCAAAGGUAAAGAGGUGGUGUCCCGGCACGACAUAAUUCCCAACACCACCACGCGCUGGAUUCACCUGCGAGACUGUCGACUGCAUGAGUGUGUCGACCCGUCUGAGUUUGUGCAGUCGAGGACAAUCACCUUUGACCCCCCGCCUGGGCAGCGCUUUGAGCUGCUGCGAUUCCGGACAGCGUAUGCGGAGAAGACGUUGCCCUUCGCCCUGAGAACGGUCGUUGGCAUCUGCGGCGCCGAGGUGGAGCUCCAGUCCUGGCUGGUGAUGUCGUCGGGCUUCUCGUCCAACCGAGACCCCCUCACGCUGAUACCGUGCGAGAACGUGGCCGUGCGCUACCCCAUCCCCAAGAUCUGGGCCAAGAACUUCCGUCGCGAGAGCGUGAUGGGCGAGAAGUCUCUGAAGGCGCGCUUUAAUAAAGGAGCCAGCCUUGGCACCGCCAGCAGUUCGGGCUCCGAGCCCGCCAUGAGGGUAACUCUGGGCACCGCCAAAUAUGAGCAGGCCUUCAAGUCCGUGGUGUGGAGGAUCAGCCGCCUGCCAGACAAAAACUCAGCAAUGGGGCAGCCACACACCUUCUUCUGCCGCUUGGAGUUGGGCUCGGACUGGGAGGUGCCUCGCCAGUUCCAGUGCUCGGUGGAGGUGGAGUUCGACAUGCCUGCCGCAUCUGCCUCGAAGACCACCAUCCGCUCGCUGUCUGUACGAGACAGGGCCGAGCUGAAGAAGUGGAUCACUUACAAAGCCCACUAUUCCUAUCAGGUGGCGAUAGAGCAAAAGAAUGAGGACGUGAUGGAGCGCCCCCAGCAGGACAAGCCUGGGGCGUGCUCUCAGCAGUGAGGUGGGACAGCUCCACUUUUGCCUUUUGUUAUUCAUCUGGCUUUUUGUGUUUUGUUUGUUUGUUUGUUUGUUUGUUUGUUUGAGAAGUUGCACUUUGAAUGUCAAUAUAAGAACAUAAGGACCAGUCUGAAAGUUUGCACUUUCCCACCAUGGGUGGAUUUGUUUUUGGGACUUUUUGUACUUCUUUAGUAUGAAUGCAUUUUUUUUUAAACCUUGUUAAAGCAUGUUCCUGGGAAGAAGAUGUAUGUAUGGCAUAAUGAGACAAACACACACACAUACACACACAUACACACACACACACACACACUCAUUACUCAGCUCACUUCAGGAAAAUGUUGUUAGAAUAAAACACAGCAGUGCGUUUCAUUUUGGAAAAGUGUGUGCAGAAAAGCUGUCAUGAAGGCUCCACUGAGCCUUUUCGGUCUGCUACUAGCAGGGGAAUCUCCUCGUAAAUUCAGUUCCUUUUUGAAUCAUGAUGAUAGCCGUUUACCUUACUGAUAUCGGUUACAUUAUUACAGAAGCAAGAAAGGGAUGCCAUGUGCUUUUGCUUUCGUUUGGUGGUGGAAUGGUUUACCCAACGUUGAUAUCUCGUACCACAUUUACCUACGGCAGCAGUGCCAUCUGUGAUUGGCCAAUCCAUUUGGAUGUAAGCUUCUUCAGAGCUCGGGGCCUGUUCCUGAAAAGUACCGGAGGAACAGAGAGGAGCCAAAAACAGCAGAAGAGAAGCCUGUUUGCCCUGCGCGAGUGAAUGCUAGUAUUUUUGGGAUUAUUUCUAGGCACCCUCAGUGUCCAUCUGCGUAACGCCAUCUAUGCAUUCAGCUCUGACGGACUUUGUGCCACAUAGCCAGUGUUGAGCACAGCGUUGGACUUCAGUGUUUCAUAUCAUUUAUUUAGGAAGAAAUUGCAUUUGACUAUGUAGCUUCACCAGGUACAGCAGUUAUAUAUAGUCUAUAUAAUGAUAAGCAAUACCGCGUCAUUAUACAUUUAGAGAACUACAUUGAGAGAACACUGCUGUGUUUUUGAACUCUUUAUGAACUUGAUUAUGGCCUUUCUAUAGAACGCCCAAAAGGGAGAGGGACCUUGUUUAUAAAAAGGAAAAACCUAACCGUUUGUUUACAUUUAUAUAAAUGUAUGUUACCUUUUAUGCUUUGAGGGUAUUGUUGUUGUUGUUGUUGUUUUAUUAAGGAGGCGAACUUCAUACUUGAUAUUAAAAUGAACUCAUCUCCUUAGAGAGAAUGGUUUUUUUUUUGGUUUAUAUGGAAUUCGCACGUUUCAUGAACUUACGUGUGUAUAAGCGUGACUGGUAAUGUCAGACUUGUUAGUCUUAUAGUGAGUGAUAUUCUAGUUUCCUACUGAGAUGUAGCUAGUCUCCUUUUUGCUUUCCAUGUCUUGAUGACCAGUAAGGGCUUAACAUUGUGCUGGCUUGGCAAAACUGCUGUAUUUGAUUAAUUGUAGUGUGUUAGUGUGGAGUCUAUCUGUACUUGAGCCAUGCUCACACGCUUUAACUGGAUGAUGUAAUGUUUUUUACUAACAUAAGUCUAACUGAUGGUAGACAUAUGUGGACAUGUUGCCACUACUGGAUUUUCCUUUGAUGAAUGUUUUCUUUGGGCUGCUGUGUUUGUGUGAACCAGUUUAACCAGAGUAAAAAUUAAACAAGGGUUUUGGGGUUUUUGGUUUUUUGUUUUUUUUUUGACAUUUUUAAAUUGAGCCAUAGACUUGGCAAAGAAGAGAUGUUUAUUCCUAAAUAUAAUACUUUCCCCUUUUUGUUUAUAGCAAUGGUCAUAUGGAAUGGAAAUUAUUACAUGCACAACAUGGAGUCUUCAAAGGGAUUGGUUUUGGUUUUUGGUUAAAGAAAUGUCUACAAAAGUAAACCAAAAAGUGAACAUGUCAGAAAAUGUAAACAAGAAUAUGCGUCGAUUUUCACAUGCAUCCGAUUUGAUGAUCAUUGUAAUCAUGCAGGAAUUUUUCAAGCAUAACUGAUCUACGUCUGAAUCUCUGACUGUUUAUUGAUUCCUGUCAUGUGUGGGCUGCUCUCUGAAAUUGCUCUGAGUUGCUGUUUUGUUAAAACAUAAAUCAGGUACAAUCAAAUCAGACUCUGAGAUGAAUACUCUUCUGAGAGACCUGUAUUCUAACCGGUGAAUAAACACUAAUCAGAUUUCAUGCAU